CAUCCGAACACGAUCGCAUAUCCGGAGAACUUCUUUGAGCACGCUCAAGCCAUUGCAACACUUAGCCAUCGCAGAUGGCCUGAUCUUAGUGCUGAUUGGAUUCGUCGUUGUCAGGAUCGCGUAGCAAGAGAGGUUUGGCGAUCGAGAUUACCUUGCGUGGUUGUCCCUGGGAAGAAGCGUUUGUCGCUGUUCACGAGGAAGCAGCAGAAACUAGUAAACCAGGCAAGGAAGAUGAAACAGACUCCCGAUCUGAGUGCUAUCUUGAAAGGACAGCUGAAGUUGUUAAGUAAGAGGAAAUCUGCCUCCGUAGUCGACGGCGAACCAGCGGAUGUGGUUAGCGACGAUCCUCCCCCAAGUGCGACUCCGGGUGCAACUGAAGACAGUUCUGCGGCUGCUGGGACCGAAACGAGAGAGGAGGGGAAAGGUGAUUCUCCAGAGGAUAUGCAGGGAUCCGUUCGUGCUGAGGGUGAGCGCUCCGAAGCACCCGAUGGAGCGGUGCAGCAGAAAUCAUCAAAGAAGAAGAAAGGGAAGAAGAGGUCCCGCGAAGCUUCUUCCAAGAAAGAGACUGAGGAUUCGAACGCAAGUCGAGAAGGUCCUGCUGAAGCUUCUGCGAACGACCCGUCAGAGGAGCAUCCGAAGAAGCAGAGGAAGAAGCCGACGGAGGCAGAGCAGAGUUCUUGUCGCCAAGUGGAUCCUUUGACCGAGGAUGCUACCCUCGAUGAUGCUGUGGAUGGUUUUGCUCGCGACGAGAGGGAGAGAGAGGAGUUUACUCCGGUUCCUGGUGCUUCUAUCUCAAAAUAUGAGAAGGCUUCUGGGAAGAGAGCCGUCAAAUCGCGAAGUGCUCCAUCUCUGAGUGAAGGCGCUGAUGGAAGUUUUGCUGCCAGGAGAUCUCAGAUGAACUUUCCUGAUGUGGUGGACUUCUCAUACAACGGGGACACCCUUUUGAUCUCUAACCCGAUGAAGUGCGCGGAGUUGACUCGACAGGUAAGAGGAGGCCCUGUUGCUCUUCCACCGGUCGAGAAUCUUUUCUUCAAGGAGGAUUAUGUUGAAGCUGCUCAUGCUAGAAAAGUGGUAAUUCCUCUUUCAUUGUCUAUUUCGUUUCAUUACUUUAGCUCCUUAUGUUGCUUAAGUUGUUUUUCUGCUUUCUUCACGCCACAGAGUGAAGGUGUCACAAAUCGCAUGGUGGAGAAGUACGAGACCGAGCUUAGGCGAACUCAGGCGCAGUUAGGGGUCUCUGAGAAUUCAGCUCGAGCUGCGGAGGCGGAGGUUGCUCGCGUUCGCAGGAUGCACGAGAUUGCGACGGCCAAAGCCGUUGAGGAUAAAGAGAUCCUUCGCGUGAAGUUCGAGAAUCUGAAAACGAAGCUACUGAACUCCCGAUCUGCUGUCAAAAUUCUUACUCGCGAGAAGGCUUCGUUAGAGAAGGAAAGGGACGCCGUGGUUGACAAACUCAUAUCGGAGAGGAAGAGACUCAGAGAUUCCCGUGUCUAUGAGGUGACUCUCGAGAGAGCUAGAGUCGAGACAGCCAUGGCUGUGAAAGCUCAACGCCGUUUUGACAAUAUCCGAGACUACUCCGUUCGUCGUGAUGAAUUUGAGGAAGCUCACAAUCUGUUCGGGCAAGCGUCUGGAACACGGAAGUCUCUUGAGGCAGCCAAGGAUGAGGGUUUCGAUGUUGGUCAGGAGUUGAUCGACUUGUACAAAACCCAGGAAGAGUUGUACAAGGCGAAAAUGGAUGAGCUCUGGAUCGGCGACAUUCCUGAGUCUGAUCUUUCCCUUUCUCCGCUUGUCCUUCCUUCGACAUUUGUAAGCCAGGAGGUUCUCGCCGGUCUGGAUAAAUACGGAACGAACGAUAGCUUUCUUGAUCCAGGGACCGUGGUGAGGAUGCAAUCUCCUGACGAUUCCUUCGAUAUCAUGAUGAAGGAGCGCAGCAAAGGUCCUGGUGUCGCGGAGCAAGGAAAGAAUGAGGAGCCGAUUGCUGUUCAAGAGACUCCGGCAGGUAAGGAGGAGGCGAAAAAUGGAGAAGAGGCGAGUGUAUCGGUGGGUCCGAGCGUGGCGAUUGCGGACUUAGCUGGACCGCAGGAUCUUGCAGGGCAUGGAAAAGACCCGGCUUGUUAGAUCCACAUGUUGUUGUAUGACUAAACAUCUUAGUUUCUUUGUUGUUGCUGUUUCCUCCCCUUAGGAUUUUUUGUUUUCUUUUUCUGGUUCCUGCGGUUCCGCGGGGCCUCCACUUCUGUAUGAUUUUGAACUUAUUAUGCUUCGGCCUCUAUCGGAUAUCUUUAGCUUUUAUCUUCAUUUUUUGAUAACUGUGUUUGAACCGUUGGCUCGGUGAGUCUCCUUUUAGGCUGAGGACUCGGGGUCUUCCUUGUUCUUAGAUAGAGAGAUAGCUUCGUCUUUGGAGGUUAGUCCUUGAGUUGUCUGUUGCUUACUCGAGGAAUUUUUAGUCUCCGCUUCCGCUUGCCAAGUCGCGACCUUUUUAUCCCCUUCUCAAAACGCGAUUUUAGUCGCUGGAUCGGUGUUUCGAGUCGCGGUACGUGAUGACGAGGCGCACUUCUUAGCCGGAGGUGGGAGAAGGAGUUUGAUUCGCGGGGCCUUCCUCGGGAGAUGGUUCUUUCUGAUCGUUGGUUUUGCGGCGUCCGAAAGCAAUUUUAGUCGCUGCUUUGGCCUUCCCAGUCGCGACCUUUCUACCCCUCCUUAAAAAACGCGAUUUUACUCGCUGGAUUUUUUUUUUUUUUUUUUUUUUUUUUUUUUU